GGUCCAACCGCCAAAAGAAAAAGCAGAGAGCAGCCAAACUCAUCAAUUCAACCAAAAAAACCAAGUAACUUCUAUGGAAUAACCGAAUAUCCCAUUUCCAUCUCUACAUUUAUUCUAUGCUUGUAUAUCCAUCCAUUCACUUGACCCUUUUCUUCUUUUUAUUUAUUUUUCUUAGUUCUUGAUCACAUAGUGUUGUUUUGCCUAGGCUAUGGAGCUCUUUCUUUUGUUUCAGCAACUGUUUUUGACAGCUUUGGUGACCCUUUGUGUUUCUUUUUUGUUGACCAAGUUCUUUUUGAGUGAUGGUGAUGGUGGCCAUGUUGAGAGAGGCCAAAAGGGUGAUCAAGAAAGUGUGAGGUUGAGCAAAGUGCUGAAAGUUGGGGGUGCUAAGAGUAAGAGGAAGAAGGUUAGGUUUGUGGAUGAUGGUGGUGAUCAAGAAGUUGGUAAAGUUGGGAACUUUAGUGGUUUUGAAGAUCAUGUUGUUGGUAAAGUUGGGAACUUUAGUGGUUUUGAAGGGUCUGAUGAGGGGAGUGAUCAUGGUGUUGAUAAAGUUGGAAACUUUAGUGGUUUUGGAGAUCAUGGUGUUGGGAAAGAUGGUGACUUUAGUGGUUUUGAAGGGUUUGAGGGGGAGUCUAGUGGGGGUUUUGAAGUGAAGUUGAGGGAUGAUAGGGAGGUGUUUGACGGGGUGGCUGAGAGGGAUGUGGGGAGUGGGGAGGUUGGUGGGGUUGUGGAAGAAUUGGGUGUUGAUAGAAGGUGUGAGAUUGAGGGGGAAAUUGGUUUUUCGGAUUUCGAAAAAAGUGUAAAGGUGGUUGGUGGUGAGAGGUGUGAUUUGGUGGGGAUGGUUACUGAGGAUAUGGGUGAGGGUAACGGAAAUGAGGGGAAUUGGGAAGAUCGAUAUUCGAGUGAGAAGAAGGAUGGUUGUGAGGAGGUUGUUGUAGAUGAAUGUGUAGGAGUAGCUGGUGAUGAUGGUGUUGAUGAUCAAAGUAGAGAGUUGGAGGUGCGGAAGAAAUUGGUUGUCGGUGAAAAUAGUGAAGGUGAUUUAGAGGUUAAGGAUGUAGUGAAUGUUGCAUUUGAUGAAGAUAUAUGUAUUGAAGAGGCUGAUAAUGAAAAAAAGGUGGAGUCAGGACAUGAUGAUGUUCUUGAGGAUCGCAGUGGGGAGGUAAGAGUUUUGAAGGACUUGGAUCCUGUGCAAAGUGCUGUAGACGGGGUAACAAAACAAGAAAAUGCUGUGAAAUCUGUCAUUGAUAAUGUAGUUACUAUUAAUAAGCUUGAAAAUGAAAAUACGAGCGUGACUCUGGCUAGUGGAGGGGUUGUUAUGGAUCAAAAUGAAGAAGUAAGGGUUGUUGAAGUGAGUCAAGGAACUGGAGUUGUGGAAAUGGAUAUAGAGAAUAGUUUAAGAAAAGGAUUGGUGAGUGACGACGAUGAUGAUUGGGAAGGGAUUGAGAGGAGUGACUUGCAGAAGGUUUUUGCUGCUGCCGCAAAUUAUGUUGAAAAUGCGGGAAAGGCUGAUAAGUUGUUGAAUCUGGGGAAUGAUGAGCAGAUGCAGUUGUAUGCCCUUCACAAGAUUGCCUUGGAAGGACCUUGUUAUGAGGGUCAACCUAUGGCGCUCAAAAUCGCUGCGCGAGCUAAAUGGAAUGCGUGGCAAAGGCUGGGGAACAUGAGUCCGGAGGUGGCUAUGGAGCAAUAUAUCAGCCUGCUUUCGGAUAAGGAUCCUGGUUGGAAGGAGGGUCAAACUUCUGUUGACCAACCAGAUCUUCAUGAAUUUGCAAAUCCUGGAACACCAGAAUCAUUAAACAAACAAAUUUAAUAAUCAUCAACUGAAGUUCAAUAACUAUGGGAGGAGUCCGACUGGCUGCUCAGAUUCCUUGAUGACUUUCUUUUGGAUCUGUUUACCUAAAUCAAGGCUAAUUCUUGCUGCCAAGUGUACAGGGGGUGUGCUUUUCCUGUUCAUUUUAUUAUUGUUUAUUUCUCAUCAUGAUCAUUAUCGUAAUCUUAUGAUCCUCAUGUUGCAAAUUCUAGGACUGUUGUGUAUGUUCUAUGCAUGUAUAAAGUUUCUGUGUAUCUUGAAGGCAGUAAAACAGCAAUAAGUUUAAUAUGUUCCUUUGGUGUA